CAACACGAAAGCCAUGACAGUACACGGCGAACCGGUGCUCCUUCUUACGACGGCACGGAGAUGAGCGAACCGUCCCAGUCGCCGGCUGCGCGCCGUUUCAUGCGGCCCAGUCUACGGCAAGCUACGUUGAUUCUCCCACGUACAGGAGAACGCGUCAAGAAGAGCUUUACGCUUCGAAGACCUGCCAGGAGCAACUCGAACGGAUACAGCGACUACGUUGACGAACGCACCGCCCUCCUCUCAGGCGAAUCCUCUUCAUCAGCAUACAGUGGGCGCUCCGGUGCCAUCCUUCGUCGAUCCAAGCUCAUUUGGGACUCGGCAUACAAAUACGCAACUUCAAAAACAGGGCAGGGCAUUCUGAAAUGCUCCAUAGCAUAUGUUCUGGGCAGCUGUGCGACCUUCGUCGCGCCCAUUUCGGGGUUCCUCGGGCACAAUGACGGAAAACACAUGGUGGCCACUGUGACCGUAUACUUCCACCCUGCGAGGUCCGCCGGGAGCAUGGUAGAGGCAACACUGCUGGCCCUUGUUGCGUUCUUCUAUGCGGCCUUCGUAUCCUUCACCAGCAUGGCUGUGUCCGUGUUCUUCGACAGUCAAGACUUGCUUGUCCUAGGCCACAUUUUGGUGCUGAUUAUAUUCCUUGGGGGCGGAUUGGCACUUGUAGGAUGGACGAAGCAAAGUUUAGGGAGUCCGUUGGUCAAUGUCGCGUGCUCAUUGACCUCUCUAGCCCUGAUCACAGUUUUGACUAAAGAGGGGGCGGUGCAGGACGCUACUUUCUCCUACGUGAAGGUCUUUCAGGUCCUGAAGAUGGUGAUAAUGGGUAUCACUGCGACUACUAUGGUGAACUUACUUAUCAAGCCAAUAUCGGCGAGGAAAGAGCUUCGAGACGACCUAAGAAACGCGACCAAUUCCCUUGGCGACAUGUUCACUAGGAUUACAAGGAGUUUCCUGUCUGGCUCCGAAGAAGAGCUCCGAGAUGCUGGAUUUGUGGAGGCGUUGAAUCGAUACAAAUCGAAAUUCAAGUCUCUCGUGAAGAAUCUAGGGGAAGCGAAAUAUGAGCAUUAUAUUUUGGGCACCGAGGAAGAGUACAAGAUACAGUCAAGAAUGAUCAAGUGCCUAGAACGCAUGGCUCAAGAUAUCGGAGGCCUGCGAAGCUCCGCAGAGACACAGUUCACGUUGAUAGCAAAGUCAGCCGUAGAAGGCGUAGAACUGGGCGACUCUUCGUAUUUCGGACUCGCCUCUCCAGCGGUAGAUUCACCAAGCCUCAGUAUAGUGGAAAGAAGAAACAACAUACUCGCCUCGAUCGACGAGCUUCCAGAGGAUGUUGACUCUGCAGCCGAAGAAAGUGGAAAAUCGACGCCUUGGAAUAUUCCGCAAGAUUUACAGUCGUCUUUGACCGCGGCGGAUAUGUUUUCUAUCUUUAUCUCGCAUCUGGGCCCGCCGAUGAAGUCUCUUGCAUAUACUCUGCGAGACGUCCUUGAUGAAUUACCGUUUGGGCCUCCCCCGGCUUAUGCUAUGAUGGUCAACAGCCAUUUUCGCAGUAGUCUAGUAGAUGCAAAUGACUUGUUCGCGUCCGCUAGGAAAGAGGCUUUGGCUCUCGUGUACAAAAAUAAGAUCCCUGAAAAUGCUAGUUCGGUAGAAGUAGCAGCAGAUUACGAAGAAGUGGCUGCAAGCUGUGGAUAUUUCAGUUCUUCAUUGCAGGACUUUGCAGAAGACAUGGUAGUGUAUUUGGACAUUUUGGAAGAACUCAAGGAGAAUCGCACGCGAUCUCCUAGGAGACGAACCUGGAAUUGGCUCAAGUUCUGGCGUAAGUGGGGGCAAGGAGGCAAAAAUAGUCACUCUAAUCAAUCCAGUUUGAUGGCAGAGACCGUCGAACAAGGCCUGUCUCAGGAGAUUCCUGGGCCGACGCAACAACUGAAUGCAGCUCAAGAGGUAGGGAACCCUCAAAAAACACACGAAUUUAGACAUCACGUUUGGGAAGCUCUCAGACUAUUCCGGAGGGAUGAUAUCAAGUUUGCUCUGAAGGUUGGAGUCGGCGCCACGCUGUACGCGAUGUGGGCCUUUGUUCCCACGACUAGACCAGUAUAUAGUCAUUGGAGAGGGGAAUGGGGCUUAUUGUCUUAUAUGUUGGUUUGCUCAAUGACGAUCGGCGCCUCUAACACCACAGGCUUCCAAAGAUUCGGCGGCACCUGCGUAGGUGCCGUCUUUGCGGUCGUCGCCUGGAUCGUCGCCCACGAGAACCCCUACGUCCUCGGCUUCCUUGGAUGGCUCGUGUCCCUCAUCUGCUUCUACAUCAUCGUCGGCCAAGGCAAGGGCCCAAUGGGCCGCUUCAUCUUCCUCACAUACAAUCUCUCCGCGCUCUACGCCUACUCCCUCUCCGUCAGAGAUGACGAGGACGACGAUGACGAGGGCGGCGUAUCGCCUGAGAUCUGGGAGAUCGUACUCCAUCGCGUUGUCGCCGUCAUGGCCGGCUGCAUCUGGGGCAUCAUCAUCACGCGUCUCAUCUGGCCCAUCUCUGCGCGGCGGAAGGUCAAAAACGGGAUCACGCUACUCUGGCUCCGUAUGGCCAUCGUGUGGAAACGAGGCCCGCUUCGAGCGCUGGAGGGAUUCGACGACAGUUCGCAAGCCUCGUACUUGGACCUCAACGAGGAGCUGGAGAUGCAGCGAUUCUUGACGCAUCUGGAUACUUUGAGGGCGUCUGCGUUGUCGGAGUUCGAAUUACGUGGGCCGUUCCCUAACAAGUCGUUUAAGAAGAUCCUGGAUGCGACGAGUCGCAUGUUGGAUAAUUUCCAUGCGAUGAAUGUGGUGAUUGCGAAGGAUUUGAAGGCUAGUGAGGGAGAGAAGGCGAUACUGCGGUAUACGAAGCGUGAGUGGACACAGUUGAGUUGGCGGAUUAGUCAUUUGUUCUCAGUCAUGGCAUCUUCAAUGAAGCUGGAAUACCCUCUCAACGACGCGCUGCCUAAUAUCGAGCACACGCGCGACCGGCUCUUAGCGAAGGUUUUCGAGUUCAGGAAGAGUGGGAAGGAGAGGGAGAAAGCGACUGAUGAGGACUAUGAGCUGUUGUAUGCGUAUGCGCUCGUUACAGGUCAGCUGGCACAGGAUAUUACGGUAAUUGGGCAGGAGAUUGAGCAGCUUUAUGGGAUUUUGAAUGAGGACGAUUUGAAGCUGCAGUGAGCGGGCUUGGAAAGGGAUAAUGGCAAUCUCUGAUGUCAAAGAACGUUCAUUUGUGUCGAGCCUGACUAUGCGUGCCUCCCUCCCAAGUGUUGGGAUCGGGACCUUCUAGAUCCGGCUCAUAUCUGCCACAGUUCAUCCUAUGCAAUAUCAGUACAAACCCAAAUUUACUGCCUCGAUCGCGGUCAGGCUUUCUAGGAAG